AUGGCGUCAGGAUGCUGCAGCUCCAGCAACCGCCAUCGAGAUAGCAAUUGGGACAAAGACGCUGAAGCUUUCCUAAAUGAUGUAUUGAAGUCAUUGAAAACGCGUGAAGCUGUGGAAGUAGGAACAAAGGCAGUGGAAUAUUUUCGAGGUAUUGACUACAUGAAACAUAUUAAUGAGCAUAAAUCCGAAAUCUUGAAAAGACAUGAGUGCCUUUGCCUUCGUGUGGGCAUUGAUUUGAAUGGUGAAGCGGUAGCUAUAGCUAGCGCAUUGGGGCAGUUGUUAGUGCAAUCAGGUUUGAUUGCGAAGACGGAUCAUGCGCCUUUACCGAAUCUGGAUCAGUCUCAAAUUCCGGCUCAUCUAAGAGAUAACUCAAAAUGGCCUCGGAGGGUGAAGAUAGCUAGAGACCAGACGUUUACUCCGGAUGGGUUUUAUGCAAUCAACUAUGAGGCCCAGAAUGCGUAUUCUCUAGCGCUAUUGGGAGGAACGAUCGCGGUGGUCCUUAUUUUCUGCAUGUUUCCAAUCUGGCCAUUUGGCGCGAAGAUUGCUACUUGGUACCUGACGGUGGUACUGCUGACUAUUCUUCUUUUCUGUGUUGUAAUACGUUUGGUGCUCUUUGUUGGUCUUUGGUUCUGUGGUCGAGACUUUUGGUUCCUUCCAAAUCUGUUCGAUGAAGACGCUGGAGUCAUUGAAUCUUUCCAGCCUUUGUACUCAUACAAACAGCGCGAUGACGACUGGCUUAUGGUCGCCGUUCGGGCGUUUGCCGCGGUCCUCACGGCGGCUUCUUUCUACAAACUCAGCGAGACUCAUUCACUAAGCGAUGUCACGGAAGCUGGCGUAGGGGCCUUUAUUGAUAUCCUCGAAUGGGGACAUACCAAACUAGGUGGAAAUAGUACCGAGGUCACAACCAAUGCGAAUCUUGAUGCCUUCCUCUCACCAGAAGAGCGACUGGCCCGCCACUGGGAAAUUUGUGUUAAACAUUGUGAAUUUCAGGACACUGAAGAAUUCAUGGAGUUCUGUGUCAACGACUGCAAUUGUCUCAACGAAAUGUGGCAGAGCAGGUGCUGGAGAGCGUGCGAAUACGAUGUCCGUGAUGAGCUAAAAGCUAACGUUAAAUUGUGCAAGGAGGGCAGACAUUCUUCGCAACUCAAUCCCCCACCGACAGCCGAAAAUAAUGCUUCACCAGAUAAAGGGGACGAGCAAGAGAUGGCGGAGCAAGAGAUGGCAGAGCAAGAGAUGGCAGAGCAAGAGAUGGCAGAGCAAGAGAUGGCGCCGGUCAAUAAUAUUGAUAUGGGUAACAAUGAGUUGUAG